AUGUCAACAACGCCAACAGCGAAAGCACUCUACCGCCGCCUCCUCCGCGAGCUGCCACCUCUUCCCUCUCCACGCCACAAAGCACCUCGAACACCCAUCCACACGUCCAUCCGCGCCCAUUUCAGUCAGCCCCUCCCCAACACCAGUGAAGAAUAUAUCCGCGCCCGACACCAAGAGAUCGAGCAGUUCGUGGCCUAUCUGCGGGCGCAGCGGAUGUACGGCACCCUCUUGCAGCGGUAUAAUCCCGGAAUGGGGAUGGAUGAGGAGGAGAGAGUCCGGUUGACGGCGCGGAGAGUCGGGAUGGAUCUGCCGGUUGAAUAUGAAUGGAAGAUGAAGCGAUAA